AUGGGGAUUCCCCAUUUACCAAGAGUGUCAGAUAUGCUGAUGAAAAGCAGUAUAGAAGAGCUAGUUUUUUGUAUUCUAGGAAAACGGGAAUGCCCAGUAUAUCCAACAGAAUUGGCAUUUGCUUUAGACUUAUCCCAGGAUGUCAGCCCUCAGAUAUUCCAAAGAAUGAAAGACAUAGUAAUAUCAAUAGUGAAUGACCUGAAAAUCAGAGACAGCAACUGCCCAGUUGGAGCCAGAGUUGCUAUUCUGUCCUAUAAUUUGCAUGCCGACUACCUGAUCCGCUUCUCGGAGGUCUACAGCAAGAAACAGCUUCUUAAUGAACUGAAAAAUCUGGAUUAUCAGAGAUCCUCAGGUGGACGGGAUAUUGGCAGUGCUAUGAGAUUUGUUGCCAGGAAUGUUUUCAAGCGAACCCUCCAGGGUCCUAAUGUAAGAAAAAUAGCAGUGUUUUUCAGCAAUGGGCCAUCUGCAGAUGCAUCUGCCAUUAACACAGCAGUUCUGGAGUUGAGUGCGCUAGAUGUUGCUGCAACAGUUAUUGCAUUUCUGGAUCUACCUAGCAUCAAUCGUGCGUUUGUGGUGGAUGAUUCUGGAUUGUUUCAUGUAAUAAACACUCCUGUUGAAGGAGAUUAUAAACUACUCUUAAAAGGACUUCAUCUCUGCACUCUUUGUUAUGACAAAUGUAAACCAGAUGACCUUUGCAAGCGUCCAAGAGCCCUUUCAUGGCCGGCCUAUGUGGAUGCGACUUUCAUUUUGGACAGCUCCCAGAAAAUGAGCAAUGCUGAAUUUGGGAAAGUAAAAGACUUCCUGAGCAGAUCACUUGAUGUCUUUGACAUUUCCUCUAACCCAGGAGCUGUUUCUACAGGUGAUAGAGUGGCAGUGGUGAGCCAUGCUCCCCCAGGUUUCAAGCCCAAGAAUCGAAAGAGCCCAGUAAAGGUUGAGUUCAGUUUAAUCACCUACAACAGCAAAGGUAUAAUGAGAAAUCAUAUUGAAAAAUCUCUUCAACAGCUGAAUGGAGAAGGUGCUCUUGGCCAUGCCAUGGAGUGGACAAUGAAAAAUAUUUUCUCAACGGCUCCCAAACCAAGAAGCCACAAGGUUAUUAUUGUUAUAUCUGCUGGAGAAACAAGUCCAUGGGACAGGGAAAUAUUAAAGAAGGCAUCUGUGAGAGCCAAGUGCCAAGGAUAUGCUGUGUUUGUAAUUUCAUUAGGACAAUUUCAUAAUGCCAAAGAAGUGGAAGAGCUCACUAGCAUUCCCUUGGAACAGCAUUUGGUUCAGCUUGGUAGAACUCACAAACCUGAGCUUGACUAUGCGGAGAAGUUUGUGAAAGCAUUUGUACGUCUCCUCAGGGGUACAACCAAGAAGUAUCCACCAGAAGAGUUCAAGAUAAAAUGUGACAAGUUCAACUCUCAGAGCCAUUGACCUGUAUGGCUGGGAAGUGAGAGACUGUCAGAAGGAAGGAGGAAAUUAAAGAAAUAAACUCAGCAUGGUUCCAGCAUGAAAAUAAAUUCUGUAUUUAUGUUAUCCGACUUCCCCUUACUGUCCUCUACCAUGUUGCACAAUACACUUGGGCAUGCUCUGUCAAAUACCUACCUAAUUCUCCCACUUGCUAUUUUUUUAAAGAAACACAAGAAUACCAUUGUUUUAAACUGUUUGAAAAAGCAAGAAUGGGCCUUGAUUGCAAACUAGCUGGUGAUCUUUUUCAUUUCACUGAGAGUUGAAGAUAUCAGUACCUAAUGGAAUCAGACUCUUAAAGAGACAUGCUCUGUCUCCGUCAGUUAAUUUGGGCUCUUUUUAUGUUAGUGUUGGGCAAUAAGAAGUGUAAAAUUAACUUUUUGUAUAAGGUUUCAUAUUUUAGCUAUUAAAAUGUAGUGAAAUAAACAGUUCACUUCAAUGACUUCACCCUCCCUAUUGCUUUCAUGGGUGUAUUAUGGCAACAACAGACAGUAAGGUUUAUUAAUCACUACUAUAGUAACUAUAAAGAGCAGCCAUAUUUUUCAUGUCUGUAUGUUUCAUUUUAAAUUAAGGGAACUAUACAGUGAGAAAAAAAUUAAAUCUUCAUGAGAGACCAGUCUGUAUCUCUUCUGCAAUAUAUAUAACACUUUCUGUCUCAUGGAAUAACAGCAGUCUGUUCAGAGAGGCCAAAUGACUGAGCAAUGUAAAGAUACCAGACAAAAGUCUUAGAAUUUGUGUAACCAAUAGCUGCCAGCUAAUAACUGGGUUUUAAUCAGGUCCUGAUACAUGUCGGAUUUGUAUUUAUGUACCACACAUGUUUCUGAAUACUACAAUUUCAAGUUGUCUUGAGAAAAAGAAGAAUUGCUUAAUACAGUCAGGCUUGUUAUAUAUUUACAAAGCUUCAAGGUAAUGAUUGUGCAUAGGGAAAAUGCAAUAAGUACAAGUGGGUAUGUGCUGUAGCUCACUUGAACAUUUUAACUAUAAAACUAAAAAACUUGAGGAAAGGGGAGAUCAUCAAAACACCUCCCUGUGCAGUGGUUAAAGUAGCUGAAUGCUUCACAUGUUAAACUUUUGAACCCAGAAUUGCGCUGAGCCCAACAUAGCAUGGGAAAAAAUAAUUUUAUAAUGUAUAUUUUACCUGUAUAUUUUUGCUUCAAGAAGAAAGAAAAUAAAAUUUUUAACAAAAUUA